AAGCUGUCUCCGCCCACCUGGGGGUGGGCGGGGCCCGACCUCGCCGGGUGCGCGCGCAGCUCGCUGUGUGGCCGUUCCGGGUCUCCAUCGCAGGACUUGGCUGACCUGGCGGACCUGAGAGGCCGCUCUCCCGCCCCCGACCUGGACCCUCCUGCACUGCAGACCCCCCCGCAACGGGGGCCCCGGACCCCAGGACUCAGGAGGACUCAACCAGGACUUUCCAAAAGUUGCCGCGGGGCCUUCCGAUCCCCUCGGCCAUCUUCCAAGGCUGGCCAGGCUGAUGGGGCCAGCGAGGAUUCUCUGCACCUUGACAUUCAGAAGCUGAAGGAGAAGAGGGACGUGCUGGACAAGGAGAUCUCCCAGUUAAUAUCUGAAGGCUACAGUGUGGAUGAACUGGAGGACCACAUCUCCCAGCUCCACGAGUAUAACGACAUCAAAGAUGUGGGCCAGAUGCUGCUGGGCAAGCUAGCCGUGAUCCGAGGUGUCGCCACCAAAGAGUUGUAUCCAGAAUUUGGCCUGGACAUGAGUGACUGAGCGGAGGCGCCCAGCGCCUUGUCCACGGCCUCUGGGACAGGCGAUGAAGUGUCAGCAGCCCUUUUCCAGAGAGCCCACCUGAGGCAGGAGGGAGCCCGGGGAGGCAGAAGGUGUGUUUCCGGCUCCAGGACUCCCGAGGUGGCCCAGUGAUGCCUGUGUAUGUAUGUACGUUGUCCUAUUUGUAAAUAAACAUGUAGAUAAUCUUUUUUUAAAA